GUGUACCCAGAGCAAGCCAAAUCAAUAAAUAAAAACCAAUUACAAAAAAAACCAAGAAAAAAGCGAAAUUUUGAAAGCCACGACGAGGAAACGAGGAAACAACAACCUGUACGACAGACAAGCCAGAAGGCAGCAGAAGACGACGAAAAAUUGAUACGAAAAAUAAUAAGAGUUAAAAUCAUUCACGACGGCGACCAUAACGAACUCCGCCCUAGCAAUGAGCCAGCUGGGCACCGUCUACGCCACCAAGCGAAGGCGACGCAACGGCAAGAGCCUGAAGCCGCCGCCCAAGGAUGGCGUCACAAAGAGCAAUCCAUCAAAGCGGCAUCGGGAGCGCCUCAACGCCGAGCUGGAUCUCCUGGCCUCGCUGCUGCCCUUCGAGCAGAACAUCUUGAGCAAACUGGAUCGACUGAGCAUUCUAAGGCUGUCCGUUAGUUAUUUAAGAACCAAAAGUUAUUUUCAAGUUGUUAUGCAUAAGGAUAAGGAGGAUAACGGAGUCCUGCCCCACAUACACGCACAUGAAGGCUACAGGACACGAGAACUGGGCGCCUUCGAGCACGGCCUGUUGGAUGGUGAUAUGUUCCUCCAGGCCCUAAAUGGAUUUCUAAUGAUACUGACAUGCGAAGGCGAAGUCUUCUUUGCCACGCACAGCAUCGAGAGCUAUUUGGGUUUUCAUCAGUCGGACAUCGUCCACCAGUCGGUGUACGAACUGGUGCACUCGGAGGACCGCGAGGAGCUGCAGCGCCAGCUGCUGUGGAACAGUUUCCUGCCCGCCGACAUGUCCAGCAUGCAGCUGGCGGAGACCCUGGCGCCGGACAAGGCGCUGUACCUGGAGCGCAGCUUCACCGUCCGCUUCCGCUGCCUGCUGGACAACACGAGCGGCUUCCUGCGCCUGGACAUCCGCGGCCGCAUCAAGGUGCUGCAUGGCCAGAACCGCAAGACGGAGGAGCCGCCGCUCGCCCUCUUCGCCUACUGCACACCUUUCGGGCCGCCCAGCCUGCUGGAAAUCCCGCACAAGGAGAACAUGUUCAAGUCCAAGCACAAGCUGGACUUCUCCCUGGUAUCGAUGGACCAGCGCGGCAAGCACAUCCUGGGCUACGCGGACGCCGAGCUGGUCAACAUGGGUGGCUACGACCUGGUGCACUACGAUGACCUGGCCUACGUGGCCAGCGCCCAUCAGGAGCUUCUGAAGACGGGCGCCUCGGGCAUGAUCGCCUACCGUUACCAAAAGAAGGAUGGCGAGUGGCAGUGGCUGCAGACGAGCUCUCGCCUGGUCUACAAGAACUCCAAGCCGGACUUUGUGAUCUGUACGCACCGCCAGCUGAUGGACGAGGAGGGCCACGAUCUGUUGGGCAAGCGCACCAUGGACUUCAAGGUCAGCUACCUGGACACGGGACUGGCGUCCACCUACUUCUCCGAGGCGGACCAGCUGGUAGUGCCGCCGAGCACCUCUCCCACGUCCCACGCCCUGCCGCCGCCGGUGACGCCAACGCGUCCAAAUCGCCGCUACAAGACGCAGCUGCGCGACUUCCUCUCCACUUGCCGCAGCAAACGCAAGCUGCAGCAGCAGCAGAACCAGCCGCAGACGCAGCAAACCUCGCCUCUCGGUGGCCAGGUGGGGUCCCCUGCUCCGGCUGUGGCCGUGGAGUACUUGCCCGAUCCGGCAGCUGCGGUGGCCGCUGCCUACUCCAACCUGAAUCCCAUGUACACAACCUCGCCGUAUGCCAGUGCCGCGGACAAUCUCUACAUGGGCAGCUCCAUGCCGGCCAACGCCUUCUACCCAGUCAGCGAGAACCUCUUCCAUCAGUACCGGCUGCAGGGCGCCGUCGGUGGCUACUACACGGAUUAUCCGCACUCCGGCGCUCCAGCCUCAGCGUACGUGGCUAAUGGAUUCCUCUCUUACGACGGAUACGCCAUAGCCUCCAAAGCGGACGAGAAGUGGCAAGAGACUGGAAAGUACUACAGUGGCUACAGCAGCGGCUAUGGAAGUCCCACCUCUACGCCACAGCAAAUUCCCCUUAAGACGCCGAAGUCUUCACCCCAGGUGAUGGAGGUGAUAUCAUGCUCCUCGGACGGACCAUCACCCGUGGGCGGCGCCACGCCCAACGGAGUCGGAAGCGUAACGCCCAAAGUAGAGUUGGCCGCAACCACGGCGGCAGCCGCAGUGGGUCAGGAUCCCUACGAGCGUCAAACGGUGCUGAUGUGGGGCACCACGCACUCGAGUGGGGUGCCGCUAAAUAGCCUUCAUGGUGGACGAAGUGGAGCGGGAAACCCUGGGUCCCCACAGCGAUCCACUCCUCUGGCCAACGGAUUGGGCUAUGCAAGCGCCAAUAAUAACAACAACGAUCAUGAACCUGCAACGGCCGCCAAGUGGAACGGGACGAAGGAGCUGCCGGGCAAGUCGGGCAGUGCCAGUACGCCGGAGAGCUACCAGAUGCAGCACGAUGACUCUGGCCUAUACUCCGCUUCCUCGCACACAACCUCUCCGCAGCAGCAGCAGCAACAGCAGCAGCAACAACAGCAGCAGCAGCUUCAGCAAUCCCAGCGAGGAGUUGGUUCCAAUGUUAGCGCUCCUAGCAGCUCACUCACCAGCACGGGCACAGAUCAGCAGGCGGUGCACCCAUCCAGUUGCCACCAACAGCAGCAACAGCAGCAGCAGCAACAACACCAUCACGCCCACCCGCAUCCGCACUCGCAUCAUCACCACCAUCAUCACCACCACCAUGAGACGGCGCAUCAGCACAGCAGCGAGAUCAUUCUCACCACCCAUCAUCAGCAACAGUCGCAGCAGCAGCAGCAAUCGCUCGCUGGCUACCCGCUGCACCACCAGCUGGUGGGAGUAGGAUCAGGAUCACCACCGCCGCCGCCGCCAGUCGCAUUGUCCCGCUCGCCCACCGCCUUGCCAGCGGUCAGCAGCUUGCUGAAUGGAUCGGCUUCAGCAGGAGGAGCAUCGGAUGUUCCGUACCAGCAAUUGGCCAUUGUGUCCGCUCCACUGGUGAUCUGCGCCGAGGAGGUGGGUGGAGGCGUCAGCAGCAUCGGUCGCAAGUCAUCCAAGCAGCAACAGUCCCUGCAGCACCUGCAGCAGCAACAGUCGCUGCAACAGCAGCAGCAUGCUAUUUACCAGCAGCAACACCACCACUCGCAGCACCAUCCGCAUCAUCAGCUGCUCUAUCCGGCGAACAUUACGGCGCACACCGCGCUCGCCUAUGCCCCGCCCACCGCCGGGGGCACGUACGCCGACGGCAGUCCGCUGCUCUCGUUCUCCGAGGUGACCAACACGCUACUGAACCAGUGAGUAAUGCAGGUGCAGGGAGCAAGCGAGGAAUAGAGGAAUCGAGGAAGCAAGGAAGGGAACCGUUCAACAGUUUUGCCAAAAUGUGGACUAUGACUAUCGUAUCUUCCAUAAUCUGAACCAGCUACGAAUGCAUAUAGCCAGCGCACGCCAUUCGUCCACCCACUCCUUGGUUGAUUCUCAGAAAACUGCAGCAGCCGCAGCAGAAAUAAUUUCUAUUUAUUUUACUGUGAUAAUUUAUAGAUACAUUGUAUUG